AUGUCAAGCUUGGGUCAGGGGUAUAAUGUUCUCGUCGUCGGAGCAGGCGGUAUUGGUUGUGAGCUGUUGAAAGAUCUAAUUGACCUUGACACGAUAGAUGUGAGUAAUUUGAAUAGACAGUUCCUCUUUCGGAAGAUUCACGUCGGAAAAUCCAAAGCUGAGGUAGCCUGUGAUAGCAUUAAACAAAUGCGAAAGGAUGUUGAAUUGACGCCCUACUUUGCAAGCAUAUUCAGUUCUCAAUUCGACGAUGAGUUCUUCAAACAGUUUGACAUUAUUUUUAGCGCUCUAGACAAUCAAGCCGCUAGACGUCACGUCAAUCGAGUUUGCGUCUCCCUAAACAAGCCCAUUAUCGAAUCCGGAACUGCCGGUUAUUUGGGUCAAGUGGAGCCUCUGAUCUACGCUAAAAGGACUUCAAAGGGUCCUCAAGCUCCUUGCUUUGAGUGCACCUCAAGGGCGAAUGACAGGCGAACUUAUCCCACUUGCACAAUUCGUAAUACUCCCUCGGAACCGGUUCACUGCGUUGUCUGGGCAAAAUUUCUUUUCAAUCAGCUUUUUGGCGAGGCGGACAUUGAAAAUGAGGAAGUUUCUCCAGACUUGGAAGACCCAGAAGCACAGGACUCCGAGACCCAUAAGGGCGAUGAAAUACUUGAAGAGAAAAACUCCUUAUGGUCAAGAUCCGCUCUUAGCGAUGAAACCAUAAGUCCUGAAGAGUCUCUUGCUAUGAGACUAUUUAAUAGAGAUAUCUCAACUUUGCUGAGCAUGCGAAGCUUGUGGGUGGAUCAUCCAGGUAGACGUAAACCAUGUCCACUGGAUGCAAGCUCAUUGAAGGCGGCCAAAGCUCAUCCAGGUCUAGAUGGUAAUGAUGGAUCAGAGGGUCUGCGUGACCAACGACAAAUGAGCUUGGAGGGUUGGAUUAGUCUGUUCCUCUCGAGCACCAGAGAGUUGCGCAAGAGAACAGGCCUAACAGAUUCCGGGGCUGGGGAACACAAACCGUUGGUGUGGGACAAAGAUGAUCGCGACGCCAUGGAUUUCGUCACUGCAGCCUCCAUUAUCCGUGCAAUCCUCUUUCAAAUUCCCGGUGCCAAUGAGCUGACACGGUUCACAGUGAAAUCCUUCGCUGGGAAUAUUAUCCCCGCCAUCGCCACCACCAAUGCUAUAAUUGCCGGUGUCAUGGUGCUGCAAGCGCUCAAUGUUCUCCAGGGUCGAAUUGAUGCGGUGCGCACGGUCUUCCUCCACCGACAACCGGCUGGUUUUGGGCGUUUUCUGGCGCCCUGUCGCCCGCCUCCACCGAAUCCCAAUUGCCUUGUGUGUUCAGGGGCACAGGCGCAGGAACUGCGCCUUCACUGCGAUCCCACGACGAUGCGUCUGAUUCAUCUGAAAGAGAAUGUGCUUAUAAAACAUUUGGGCAUGAUUGCUCCUGAUGUGGAGAUAGAGGGCAAAGGAAUCAUUCUCAUCUCUUCUGAUGGCGAUGAGACGGAAGACAUUGAACAAGAAACUCUGUCCAACUUCAAUUUGACUGGGGAAGGCUGCCCUCGUUUGCGCUGUGAUGAUUUUCGACAGAACAUGACCUUCUACCUGCGCAUCGUUUCUACUCCGCCAGGUCGCGAUGACUUCAUUUGGCGUGUCGAGGGACAAUACGAGGCACCGAAUCAGGAGUCUGCUAAAGAAACGAAUUCUUCCGAACCACCCCCAACUGGAUCCAAACGCCUACGCGAAGCCGACGAUUCGGACAUCGAGGAGGUAUGCACUUCUGGUGAAGAUUUUGAGUCUUUACGGCCCUCCAAGGUCCUUAAAGUUGGUCUGAAUGAAGGCGGUGUCGAGGAUGAGGAUGGGGAGGUGGUUAUAGUAAUGGCUUCGAACUCGGCAGAAUUCGCGACCAAGGUUAUCGAUUGCUUCUACGAAUUGCCGCCCACCGAUGUUCUCUCUCUUAAGGCCGAAGCAAUGGAAGUCGAACCUUCUGCUUCUUCCUCACCAGUUCAUUCAUCUUCUGCUCCUUCUGAACUCCCACCUAUCUACGGCGAAGAGGUUUCAGAAGAGUGGAUAGAGGCGCAUACACAAUUGACUCAGGAGAUCUCGUCUUUGCGUGACCAACUAUUGCGUCAACCAUUGUCCUCCUCGAACGUCGAGUUGGCGUCGUUGUCAGAGUCUGCGCAGAAUCUGGCUGCGCAGAUUGUGGCCCUCCAGCGGGGUGUGGAGAGUCUGCAUCAAUUUGCCUCUCAUUUAGCUCAAAUAACGCAGGCUGCUGAUCAAAUCCAAGAGGUUUCGGAGAAGCUGGCGGCUUUGUCCACAGAGGAUUCGACAGGGAGACCUCUGAAGUUGCUCCAGGAGGUGUCGGAAAACAUUGAAGCGAUUUGUAAAUAG